AUUUCGCGAAGAUCAGUAAACAUGGCGGACGAACAUGGACGGAAGUGGGACCGGUGCCUGGCCGACACCGCGGUGAAAACGGUAACCGGCCUGGGUGUAGGGAUUGUCUUCUCCAUCCUUCUCUUUAAACGACGCACAUGGCCUGUCUCGUUCGGUGCCGGUUUGGGUUUGGGCAUGGGCUACUCCAACUGCCAGAAUGACUUCAGGUCACCGUACUUGAUUCAUGGCCGCGUGGUUAAGGACCAGCAGUGAAGGAUUAAAGAGGAUGCGAGCGGAUUCACUACAUAAGCAUCUGUUUCAUGUUGCGCUUUGGCUGUGUCACUUAUGCCCACUUUGGCCCCGCUUAGGGCACUCAAUGUAUAUUUAAUAAAGUGAGUCAAGAAGA